GAACCUUCCCCUCACCGGAAGUAACCCCGCUCUACUUCCGGUUUCUUCAGGGGGCGGUGUCAAGGCUUUUAUUUUGGAAAGCAGAUCUCCCGGUCGCCUCCUCCUCGCCUCCAUAGCUCGACUGUGCUGCUGCGGAUGGUUGGACUGUUUCCUCCGGUGAAAGAACAGCAAGAACAGGAAAAAAAAAAGCACCGAGAGCAUCCACACCACCCCCUCUCCCCCCCCUGUACCUCUCUCUCUCCCCACACACACACACCUACACACACCUACACACACACCCCUAAAAUGCCUCACCGCCGCGUGUAAACCAGAGAGAGAGAGAGAGACAUUCAGGUCCAGUGGGAGAAACCAGAUAGAGGCAGGAUGUUGCAAGUUCUAGCUUGUGGCGCCGUGGUUUUCCCCGGUCUCUUCUUCGCCUUCAGGAGGAUCCUGCCGUGCGUGUUCAAGCACUGGAGCGAUGCCGACGUGGUGCUGGUCAGCGAGAGACUGGUGUCCUCCAUCCAUGCCGUCAUGGCAACCACGGUAGGAGUCAUCGUUUUGACAUCAUGCCGGGAGAGCGUCAUCAACGACACUCACUGGCUGGCCACCUACUUUAUCAUCUGGUACGGUGGGCCCUACAUGACAUACGACAUCUUCGCCAUGUACCUCAGCGACUACCACCGCUUCCGCGUCAAAGGGCACGAGGACUACAAGCGGCAUUCACUGAGGACCAUAAACUCCUUCAUCCGCAGAGAGUUCCUGCUGGUGUUGCAUCACAUCGCCCUGCUCACUAUCCUGCUGCCCGUCACACUGUUCCUCAGAAGGGACAAGGGGGAUUUCUUCAUUGGCUGCUUGUUUCUAACAGAGCUCAGCACACCCUUCGUCUCCCUGGGGAAGAUACUUAUUCAGCUCAGCCUCCAGGACUGCUGGCUGCACAAGGCCAACGGCGGUAUGGUACUCCUCACCUUCUUCGUGUUCCGCAUCGCCCUCUUCCCCUACAUGUACUGGGUGUACGGCCGCCACUACGGCAUCCCACUCUACAGCGUUCCCUUCCACCUGCCGCUGUCCGCCAACCUGGGCAACAUCUGCAUCCUGGCGCCACAGGUCUACUGGUUCGUCCUGCUUUGCCGAAAGGGCUUCCGUCUCUACCGGCGUAGCCGCAUCCCAGACUCGUCUCCUGCGGCCGCCGUCACUGACAAUUCCAAGGAUGAUUGAUAUCCAGUUCACCAUCGCUCGCUCAAGCCGCACACUCAGCUACUAACGCAACUACUUCUGCAAAGGCACUAGUUUGACUUAACACAUUUCAAACCCCACCAUUGUACUUUAGUACACCAGGACUGCCUGCUCUUGUCCCACAACUCCUGGGCAUUUUUUCUUUUCCGCACACUUUAAAAUCCUCUGUUACAAAAUCUGCUGCCUAAGUGGACCUCUCCACCGGUCCAGCUCUACUACUGAAGUUUGAUGAUUUGCGGUUUUUUUCGGGGUUUUUUUUUUUCCAA